CAUGUGAGAUAGUCACAGAUCUGCAGUGAACGAGGCCACAUCUCUCCAGUCAGAGUGGGAUGACUGAAGCAGAGAAACAGCUUAUUUCUCUAAGAGGCACACAGCGCAGCCGGGCUUCACCGCGCCGCUCCAGCUGAAGGACUCGGCGGAGGAACCAAACGAAAAGCAACUCUGGGCUAUUUUCUCCAGCCUGGUGUACACACUGUGUUUGUUCUGUAGCGCUUUACAGAAAUUAACUCCUCGCGCAGCGCGGACCUACACUGGCUCUGGGUUUGGGGGGGAAAUACCACUAAAAUAUCCAUUAUUUCACUUCGCUUUUUGUGGAUGCACCGAUGAGAGAUCCAGUUUUCACAGGGACUGCAAUGGCUUAUCACCCUUUUCACGCACACCGGCCGACCGACUUUCCGAUGUCCGCCUUUCUAGCGGCCGCGCAGCCUUCCUUCUUCCCGGCGCUCAGCCUGCCUCCCGGGGCACUCACCAAGCCCAUUACGGACCACGGCCUGGCCGGGGCGGCGGAAGCUGGGCUCCACCCGGCCCUCAGCCACCAUCAGGCGGCUCAUCUCCGCAGCAUGAAGAGCCUGGAGCCCGACGAGGAAGUGGACGACGACCCCAAAGUUACACUGGAAGCCAAGGAUCUUUGGGACCAGUUUCAUAAACUCGGGACGGAGAUGGUUAUAACCAAGUCUGGAAGGAGGAUGUUCCCUCCGUUCAAAGUGCGAAUAAACGGACUGGAUAAAAAAGCUAAAUAUAUCCUGCUGAUGGACAUCGUGGCGGCGGACGACUGCCGCUACAAGUUCCACAACUCCCGCUGGAUGGUGGCGGGCAAGGCCGACCCAGAGAUGCCCAAAAGGAUGUACAUCCACCCGGACAGCCCGGCCACCGGCGAGCAGUGGAUGGCCAAGCCUGUUGCUUUCCAUAAACUCAAGCUGACCAACAACAUUUCAGACAAACACGGAUUUACCAUCCUGAACUCCAUGCACAAGUACCAGCCCAGGUUCCACAUAGUGCGGGCCAACGACAUCCUCAAGCUCCCCUACAGCACCUUCAGGACCUAUGUGUUCCCGGAGACCGAGUUCGUGGCUGUGACAGCUUAUCAGAACGACAAGAUAACGCAGCUGAAGAUUGACAACAACCCUUUUGCCAAAGGAUUCAGAGACACGGGGAACGGAAGGAGAGAAAAAAGGAAGCAGCUGACCAUGCCGUCGCUGCGGAUGUAUGAGGACCAGUGCAAGGCGGACCGGGACGGUGCGGACUCGGACGCCUCGUCCAGCGAGCCUCCGACCGGCAGGGACGCCGUCCACUCCCCGCUGGGAGGCGAUACGAGCCCGCUGAGGUUCAGCAGGCCCAGUCGAGAUGAGAAAAUGUGCACUGACAGCGAGCAGGAGCUGGAGCAUCAGGACGAGCGUUGCACUGGCUCCAACAGUCCGGUACCUGAACCUGUGUCCCCCUACAGCUCCAGGUGUGAGGACCGCAUUAGGGAUAGGCCUAGCACAGAGAAGAAGGAUGACCCCCUUUUUAGUAUAAGGAACCUUGAGAAGGACAAAGCGGAGAGCAGGCACAGGAAGGACACCGUGGACGUGUUGACAAAGGACUCGGAGGCCGGAGGUAUUAGUGCCACUAAGGAGGCCUUCUCCCCUCUCAUGGUCCAGACCGAGAGCCCCUCGCACUUCAGCCCAGGCCACUUACAAAGCCUGGCUCUGUCUGGCCUGCACAGUCAGCAGUUCUUUAACCCUCUGGGUGCCGGAUCACCGCUGUUGUUUCACCCUGGGCAGUUUGCCAUGGCCCCUGGAGCCUUUUCUGCUAUGGGCAUGGGGCAUUUAUUGGCCUCUGUAUCCGGAGCAAGUGGUUUGGAAAACGGCAGCCUCUCCACCCAGGCCUCAGGAGGAACCGCCAACCCCUUCCCCUUCCAUUUGUCCCAGCACAUGCUCGCCUCUCAGGGCAUCCCCAUGCCUCCAUUCGGAGGUCUGUUCCCGUACCCUUACACCUACAUGGCGGCAGCUGCGGCGGCGGCCUCAGCCUCAGCCCUCCCAGCCACGAGCACCUCGAGCCCGCUCUCCAGGAACCCUUUCCUGAACGCAUCACGGCAUCCCCGGCUCCGCUUCAACCCCUACCAGCUCCCAGUGUCUUUGUCUCAGAGCUCCAGCCUGCUCACCACCGGCCUUCAGGGCAGCCUCAACCCAGGCUCCGAAUCCUCCAAACCAGGCAGCAGGGAGACCAGCCCGGCUCCGGAGCACCACAGCAACCAUAAGACAGGAGGGUUGAGUGGGAGGGCUGCAUCUCCCAAAACCUCCAUGAAGGACUCAGUGAAUGAGCUGCAAAGCAUCCAGAGACUGGUGAGCGGCCUGGAGGGCCAGCGGGAGCCCUCCCCGCGUGCAGACUCUCCCAAGUGAUGAACACUGUCCUUUUGGGAUAGAGACUUGGCUUGAAUACCAGAGGACUAUAAGUGCAUAUGUCCUGUAUAGCACAUUAGGGAGACUGGGAUGAGGUUUGACCGAUAUGGGUCGGUGAAGGCCGAUAACUGGUAUUUCUUUGGAACAAAGCUGCAGACAGAAAAUCUAGUCCAUAUAAUUUAAUGUAACCUUUUUUAAAAUCACAAUAUUGAGGGUUUGCUCCAACACUGACCUGUUAGAGAUGGUGGGAAGCCUGUCAGAUGACGUUUGGACCAUCAUCAGAGACCAAAACAGAACCCUGAAUCCUUGUGUUUUAGGGUGAGGAGCACUUGAAGGCAGGCUUACCCCAAAGACACUCUAGGAUACAUUCCAACAAUUGAAACCUUUAUAUAUAUAUAAACACAUUUUUAAAAAAAUCAUAUAUAUAUAUAUAUAUAUAUAUAUGAUAUUAUUUUAUGUGAAUUGUUAGUUUUGUAAAUAUAUAUAUUUACAAAACUAACAAUUAAUAUAAAAUAUGCAAUAUAUAUAUAUUUAUAUAUUUAACUCCACCAUAAAGAGAUAAAGAUAAGCAGUAAAACUUCGUCAUAUCCAUGAUAUCAGAGGCGGACCACAGCAGGCCAGUAUCGGCCCCACACAUCGGUCUAACCUGCCUGAGACAGACUGAGCGGCGCACGGUGGAGAGAUUGUGUGUUCACUUUGGUUAACUUGAAGCAUUUGAGCAUUCGGGCCUGGUUUUUAAAUAGGAGCCGAGCCGAGAGGAGGCUUGUCACGCCGACAGACAGGCAGGUCUCAAGCUGCAUCCAAAAACUUUUUUUCCAGGCCUGAUUAUUUCAAAAGGCAUGCCUUUUGGUGAACGUUCCGUCUGCGAGAAGAAAGAGAGAAAGAACCGCUUAUCAUUUCAUGCCAGAAAAAAUCUUUCUGAACUAUUUAUGUAAUUAAAGAUUAAAAAUUCUGUAAAUAAAGCUAAGAUCCAAGAAUAUGCAAUUGGUAUUAAUUUAUUCAAGGCUGUAUAUUAGCGUGUAUAUAUUUCGAUUUUAACUUGAUGCUUUUUUUUCUCCUCCUCUACUCCAUUUUACAUGAACAUAUACUGUAAAUGAAAGCUAUUUAGCGCUUGUUGGUUUGAAAAACUGUGUAUGAAGCAUUGCUGAUUUUUAGGUGACGUGUGUGCCAUGUUUUAGUCUGCAUCCACCGACAAAGACAGGAACAGAGAAGGAGCUCCACAUGGAUUCAAAAACACCUCAGGUUAUUUCACUCCAGCCAGGAGACAUUCAAAGCAAUUCCUCCUAUGGGCGCAUCAUUCAUAUCUAUUCAAAAUAUAUUUAAAGAUCAAAGUAUCUUGUUUAUGCUGGUUGUCCGGUUUUUUGUUUUUUUGUUUUUUUGAUUGUCUCACAAUUUCAAUAAAAAAAUCGU